CGUCGUCGGGAGUCCCAGUCGAAUCUGAGGCAGCAAGGGACUCGCGUUCGAGAUCCGCGAAGCGGGCGUGCUGUGUGCAGACAAGCGGGGCACUCGCGCAUCAUCGGUCAUUCGUGCUUCGCAAGCUUCUUUGCGGAGAUCUUGCUGCCGGGGGCAUGUUGGGUCACCCGUCGAUGGGCGCGGCUAUGUCUAGCUGCGCUCUGUCGUCUGAUGGUCCCACCAUCCGUUGGCAGCGAAAUCUCGCCGAGCAAGCUGCUCCAAGCGCAUCGGUCGCGUGCGUGCGAUCGACGACUCAUCGUCACGGCCACGACCGCAAAUCGCGAGGCCACACGCCUUUCGCGCGUUUCGCCAUCACGUCAACUCCUCCCGCGACGGUGGACAUCGAGUCCUCGAUGUACGCUCUUGCGGCAGGAGCUGCAGUGAGGACGAAAGAUCUGGCGAAAAGCUUGUGGCCUUGUGAAGUGUGGCGUCUGCAGUGGAAGGUGCGUGUGCGUGCGCCGCUCCAUCCGUCGGCGGCUGACACUGGGCCUCGCCUUUCAGCAUGCCGAAACCCACCCGCAUGGCCAAACGCGCAUGCCGCUCGACCGCGAACUCGCAGACUCGCAGCUUUGCAAGGGCCAAGCGCUCGCUCGUGCGCGGCGCACAUCUACGUCUAGCUGUGCGCCACGACUAGCGACGUGUUCCCCUCGCGCAGCAGCGAAUCAUUGGCUCUUCCGGGCACGCGUCUCGUGGCCGUUGCCCUUGGGCGAAAGAGCCGGUCGCUCUCGCCCGACCCCUGUCUGCUGUGUUGAAGAUCCAG